UUAUGUAGCAUCUAUGUGUAGCAUUAUGGAGGUUAUAAAGUUGAUGUAGUCUUCUACUCAUUAUAAUAUUUCUUAAUUUUUGUAAAAUAAAAGCAAUUAAAUGGUUUCUGUUGGACGCGAAGAGUCAUCAGACUCUGACACUAAUAACACGAACAAAAAAACGCAAAAUAGUGGUGUGUCUCCAAAGAAUACAUCACUUCAGAAGAAUAUGUUGCAUGCUGCAAGUCUUUCAGCAAAAAAGGAUUUUUUGAGUAAGAUGUUGGAAAAAUCAGAUCGAAUAAAAGACCUCACUACACUUAACGUUAAAGAUAUUGAAACACCUAGAAAUUGUCCCAAUUCACUGCCUUUGAAGGGUAUAUUGAAGAAGUCAUUCAGUAAGAAGUCUGAUUAUGAGUAUUCAGAUGAUAGUGAAACAAACAAUAAUAGUGAAGGUGUUUUCACUCCAAAAUUUGCCUUAACAAACAUGCAGGAGGAAACUCCUAAGAUCCAAAAGAAUAAGAAAAAUUCGAAUUUUGAAACUAACAAAAGUAUCAAAGAAGCAUUUAAAACGAAAUUAAAAAUGGUUCCCAGCAAAAAAUCAAGUGAUUCCAAUACUGACUCAGAAGAUGGUAAGGGUUAUAAAAGAGAUUUGCCAGAUAUUGGAAGCCUUGAUAGAUUUCGAGCGAUUCGGGGUAGGAGAAGAGAAGUUGAUGAUGAUUUUGUCAAAAAAUCGAAAAAUAAAGCUCUAAAUUCUGAGCAAGAUGAUUCAUCAGAUUCUGAUGAUAAUUCUAAUGAUAAUUUAUAUUUACAAAAUUUGGUUUCAAAAAACAAACAUAAUAAUGAAAAAAGGCAUUCAGAAUCUGUUUCAAAAAUAAAACCAUCUAAUAACAAAAAUAGUUCAAAAAAUAAACUUAUUAGCAUAGAAUCAGACUUGAGUGAUGCUUCUAGUAGAGAAAUGAAGAAAAGCAAAAGUAAACGGCAAAGUAGUUUAGAAUAUUCGCGCCUCGAAAACAGUGAUUCAGAUUAUGAUACAAAAACUAGUUUGGGUGUAAAAAGAAAAAAUAAGAAUUUGUCAAAAAAUGAGAGUAAAAAUAAGCGAUUAAAAGUAAGCGAUAGUUCUUCUGAUUCCGAAGUUCACAAUGAAUUAAAUCGUCGAAAGUCUAAACUCAAGAAAAGAGCACAAACUCCAGCAGAAAAAUUACUUUUACAGUUUGAGACUGAGAGAGAUGAUUUAAACAAAAUAGAUGUAUCACAUUUGGAUUACAGCUUUCCUAGUAAAUCUCCUGAUUAUGAGCUGUUCAUGGCUAAGAUACCUAAAGAUUUGCGUAGUUCCCUAUCAGGAGCUAAAUUGUCAUUAACUACUACUACAAAAAUUAAUACAAAUCAAGGCAAGUUUGUCUGUGUUCCAAGUGAAGUAACUGAAGGUAAAGAAGAGGUCAAUUUCUUUAGUCAAGAGAAUGGUGAGUUAAAGAUUAUAACUACCAAGUUAUGUGGAAAACUUAAGGCAUAUCAAGAAUUAGAAACUGUACCUGAGAUGGAAAUGUCUGAAAAUAAAAAUCGUGUUGCUCUCCCUGAUAAUUUGAAACAAAGACAUCCACUUUUCGGUCCAAAUUAUGUAGAUAAAAUUGAAUUAAAAGAGGACAUAAAACAUAAAUUAGAGACAUCUGCAUUGCCAAUAAAAAUAAAAUCCAAGAAACAUAAAAAGAAUAAACAAAAAGAUUUAGAAAGCCAUUACCAAAGCUAUGAGCACAAUGAGUUGAUCUUUCAAAUAUUAGGCAAAUCUCAAGAGCAAAUAAGUGACGCCCAUUACAAACGUAAUGAAAAAUCUAAGAAGGAAAUUACUGAAAAUAUGGAUAUUUUGGAAUAUUUAAACAAAAACGUUUUCAACGAACGAGAAAAAAAGAAAAAGUUAAAAGAAAAGACGCCUGAAAACAGCAUAAAUAAAAAUGAUCUUGAUAUUGAUAAUGUCGAGGAAAAAAAACGAAAAAAGAAACGAAAAAGAGAAAAUGAAUAUGAAGAUUCAAGUGACAUAAUAAAAGACCAUAAAAGAAUGAGAAUGACUAUGAGUUCAGAAGAAGAGCCAACAGAUGGCAUAGAUAGUUUUAAGGUGAAACAUAAAAAGAACAGGAAAAGUUGAUUUAAAAUAAAGUAAUUGUUAAUGUUAAAGAUUUUAUAUUAAUAAGACCUAGAUAAAAAUGAAAGAUAAUU